AUGUAUACGACUGAAACCAUUACGCGACCUAGUCAGCCUGAUAUCCAGUAUCAUCCCGACUGGGUGAAGUAUGAAGCACGCUCCCGCCAGCGUAAAGAAACCGAGUCACUUCAGAGCAAUAUACCCGCAGGCUUCCCUCAGAAGCUGGACUCCCCACUUGUUUGGGAAGGAAAAGAGAUUGAAAAGCGUCGUGACUGGAUUUACCAGCUCAGCGACCUGCAGCUCGAUGAAAUCGAUGCUGCCUUGCAGAGCUUCAAAGCUCUCAACAAGCCCUUGGGAUACAUUAAUGAGUCCACCUUUUCGCUUCCAACACUUCGGCCCAUUUUGAGAGACCUUUCAACGGAGCUUCAUAAAGGCCGAGGAUUUUUCGUUCUACGGGGUCUACGCAUUGAUGACCAUUCUCGAGAAGAUAACGUAAUCAUAUACACGGGUGUCUCCUCUCACGUUGGCAGUAUUCGUGGACGUCAACAAGAUACCAGACUGCAAAAUGGAACAUCUCCUGUGAUUUCGCAUAUCAAGGAUAUCACCGGUAUUACUGAGAAAGGGAAGAUCGGGGCUCCAUCAAAUACAGCAGAUAAACAAGUCUUCCACACAGAUGCUGGGGACAUCAUCUCCCUUCUCUGCUUGAGUCCUGCCGCAGAGGCAGGUGAAAGCUAUCUGUCAAGCAGUUGGAACGUGUACAAUAUUCUCGCGAAAGAACGGCCGGAUCUAAUCCAUACGCUCUCACAAGACUGGCCGGUUGAUGGAUUCGGUAGCCCUCAAAAGCCAUACACACUUCGCCCUCUCCUGUAUCACCAACCAGCGACAGAAACUACCCCCGAGCGUGUGCUGAUUCAGUAUGCCCGGAGAUACUUCACCGGAUUUCUCGCCCAGCCCAGAUCUGCAGAUAUCCCUCCGAUUACGGAAGCUCAAGCGGAGGCUCUAGACGCACUUCAUUUCCUAGCAGAGGAGCACAGGGCCGUCUUAGAUUUCCAAAAGGGAGAUAUCCAAUACGUCAACAACCUUAGCAUCUUCCACGCGCGGAAUGGCUUCACCGAUGCACCAGGGAAAGAACGCCAUCUUCUGCGCCUCUGGCUGCGCGACCCCGAGAAUGCCUGGAAGACGCCCGAGCCACUCAAAGAUCGCUGGGAUGCCGUGUUCAAAGACGUCACUGAGGAAGAACAGGCAUUCCCUCUUGAAGCCGGUGGCCUGCGAAAGACAUUGGGGUCUUAG